AUGGCGCGGUUCUGUCUUCGACUCCUGACAUGCAUUUUGACAGUACUGGCCAUCGUUACUGAGGCCUCGGGAGAUGUACCUAGAUACAUCAUGUACCUGACAGGCCAGCAUCCAAUAGUCCCCUCUCCACCACUUAUCAAAGAUGUCACACAUGUCGCCAUGGCUUUCAUGCGUUCAGAGAUAUUCAAUGAUCCGGACCGAGAUGAGUGGCCACUGUUCAUGACUGUAGAAGAAGCGAGAACGAAAUUCCCGAAGGAGACGAAAAUCAUGGUUGCAAUCGGAGGAUGGGGAAACGAGGAUGGAUUUAGAGAAGCAGCGCGCACCGAAAAAGCAAGAAGGAUCUGGGCCGAAGGAGUAAGAAUAAUGGUUGAAAGUACCGGUGCGGAUGGUGUCGACAUCGACUGGGACGGCAACGGCGAAGAUUACAAGCGCACCCCCAACUCCGCGCACGCCUGGGAACUAACCGCCUAUCCUCUCCUCCUCUCCGCCGUCCGCAUUGCUCUCGGCCCCUCAAAACUCAUCUCCGCCGCAGUGCCAGGGCUCUCUCGUGACAUGCUAGCCUUCGCACCGUCCACCAUGCCGUUCAUCAUGCCUUCUGUCGACUUCCUGAACAUCAUGACAUACGACCUCAUGAACCGCCGAGAUAACGUGACAAAGCAUCACACUGGCUUUAAGAACUCGCUUGAAGCUAUCGAUGCUUACAUCGGCGCUGGGCUCGAACCAUCGAAGGCGAAUCUGGGAUUAGCUUUUUAUGUGAAAUGGUUUAAGACUGAUCCCGCCGCGAGACAGCAAUGCAAAGCGCAGCCUGUUGGGUGCCCGGCUGCGCUGAUGGAAGAUCCCACUACUGGUGCGGAUUUAGGUGAAGCAGGCGCAUUUUCCUGGCACGACGAUGUACCCACCGAACUGAAGGCGUCUUUCAAUAAGGCACUAGAAGGUGGUGUGUAUGACAAAGAUGGAUACUUCUAUUUUGAUGCUGAAGAGGAUUUAUUCUGGAGUUUUGAUACGCCUGACGCUAUCAGAAGGAAGAUUUCGCAGAUCAGGAAGAAGAGAAGAAUAGGCGGAGUUUUUGCGUGGGGUCUGGGUGAAGAUGCACCAGAUUUAAAGCACCUGAAGGCAGCGAAUAAGGCAGUGCAGCUGUGGAGGGAUGGGAGGGUAGAUAGGAGCGAGCUAUAA